AUAAAAGUGACCUUUUUUUCACUGGGCCUGGUGUUAAAAUACGAGCCAAUACAUUAAGAAAACAAGCUGAGUAAGGGCGCUAAAACAGGCAGGAUGUGGUGGAAUAGCAGGGGCGUAAUAAUCAGGAACAAAUAUUGCCUUGAUAUCGGGAACUACACUAAAACACCAUUUUCAGUUACAAUGAGUCAUGAGGAAUGUCUGUGAAACUGUGCGGGUGAUUACUCAUCUCCAUCAAGUCAUCAUGUGUUUUCAGAAUCAGAGCUUCAGAAAACACAUUUCUCAAAUGCCGGUUGAAGAUAAAGAAAAUACAAAUAAUUCGCUCGUGUUACUAUAUAGUUAUAAAUACUAAAUAAUAAUUUUACUUACCUCCCUCAUUACUUUCUGAAUCAUGUUCAGUGACCACAAGAUGCCAAGUCAGGCAGAGAGAGUGAGAGAGAGACAGAAAACUCCAGAUCAGUCAGAAACCGAAAGCAAGACAUGACAAAUAUAUAAAUAGUACAGCAGCAUGAAGGUUGAUCUAAUCUUGAUCUUGUUCACUGCUGACCCAAGGUGAGCAUAUAUGUUUUUACGAUAGGCUUGAGAGCAAAGGUUUUCUUUCGCAUUUCAGUUCUUCUUACUUUCAUGGGGUUUAUGUAUGUAUAGAUUUUGUCUUGAUUUGCUUUAAUGCAUGUGCAACGUCACCAGAUGGUGAGUAAAAGAAUUACAUAAGAAAUAAAGCAUUGCUGGAGGAUGUGGGGUUGAAAUAUCGUUGGACCUCCUGUGCCCUUCACCAGGACGCUGUCGACUGCGCUGGAAGGGAUACUGUGUAGGUGACCUUUUUUUCAAUCUCUGGUCAUGUCACUGUUUCAGAUGACUGUUUGGCGUCGAGCACUCAUCCUCCUUUGCUGCGUACUGGACUGUGUGGAGUGCUCUUCUUCGUCUCUGCUCCUCCAGAGGAACAAAUACAACAACUCCUUUCGUCUCACGAGGUCCACCCGAACCCGUGUCCAGCAGCUCCAGCGGAAAUACAAUGAGCAGCAGUUGGGAAAUAAGCAUUUCGAGGACAGAAGUCGGCAGUUGAGGGACCUGCCGUCGCUCUCUACAGAUUUCAAUGGCUGGCUAAAUCUGACGGAAUUUGAACGACUGCAUGCUGCUUUGUUGGACAUGCAAGCCUAUUGGACGACGCUGGAGUGGAAGAGACAACAGAUCGAGAAGGAGGAGAAAGAGCAGAGGGGGAAGCGGGCGUCCGGCACCACUUUACCUCGGAGCAUCGGGCACAUUCAGCUCGACCUGAGGGACCUGAUGAGCCAAGUCAGCAGUCAGAUGAGUUACAAGAAUAGUUCUUGGACAAAGCCAACCUUUCCUACUACACCCCCCAACCCACAGACCAGAUCCAAAACAGUAUGGGACAGCAGAGUGGAGGGUUACAUCGUUCUGCGGGAUCUAGACCUUUACCUCACCAAGCUGGCAAGAGACUUCCUCUUUCUGGCUUCAAAAACUUACUGAAAAGAAGAAAAAAAAAACGGCACCCAACACACACACAGAAGAACGCCUGAACUGACGAUCAACAACUAGCUGGAAUAGUGGUUGUGAUCAUUUUCAUCAUUGUUUUAGUGCAGAUGUUCACACACUCUUAUUUAGCUAUCCGUGUUUUACUGUAUAUUUAAGGGUUUUCUUGGGUAUUUCCCGAAGUUUCUUUCUCACCUCUAACGGUAAGUUAGCAAUAAGCUCCCAGAAAGGACUUCCCGACAUUACGUGUUUCCCCCUCCAUUCUACAGGACUUUCCAAAUAUUUUUUGUGUAUUUAUUGACAUAUUUAUUGACAUGCUAUUUAUUAUAAAUUGUUUCUUUUAUGACUCUCACAAUGUAGAGAUAGUGUUUUACAUUAUUAUAUUUUAUAUUUUAUAAAGUGGAAAUAUAUUUAUGUAUGAAUCACAAUAAAGAAAUAAAGCAAAUGAUUGAACAGUGACAACUUCAUGUUAUGAUUUUCUAUUCUAA